AAAAAGUAUAAAACCCUGGUGUUUGGCUUCAAGAUAUGGACAAAAUUGAUCUCGCAACGGUCACAAUAUUCGAGGGCCUCCUCUAGUCGACUGUGCUUGUCCGAGUCUCUUAUUUUGUUGUCAGCCCCUUGUUCCAGAUGACGCGCCAAACUCAGAAACCUGGCAGAAGGCUGCUGGCCACUGCUAUCGAUGACGCUGCUCAACGAGAGCCCGACAGGAAGGUAUUCGUGAUCCCUAAGGGGACUCAGGUCUCCGACGGGUUUCGCGAUUUCACCAUGGGGGAACUGGCUCAAGCGAUCAAUUACACCUCUUGGUGGAUCGAGAAGAACAUCGGCCGCAGUUCCCAUUUUGAGACACUGGCUUAUAUAGCGGCCAAUGAUAUUCGAUAUCUCAUCUUUCUCGUUGCUUGCAACAAGACAGGCUACAAGCCUUUUCUUCCUUCGACGAGGAACUCGGACGAGGCGUUUCGUCACCUCUUCAAAGCUACAGGCUGUUCCAAGUUGGUUUACGGAGCAGAACGACAGCAGAAAAUGCUGGAUCUCAAGAACGCCAUUCCAGGCCUUCAAGCGCUAGAAGUUCCCUCCCUUCAAGAGAUGCUUGCCGGCAAUGCAACAGUCUAUCCUUUCAGAAAGACAUACGAAGAGGCGGAAAAUGAGGUCUGUUAUAUUAUUCACAGUUCUGGAACAACAGGAAUGCCGAAGCCGGUACCCCUAACUCACGGGUUUGUGGCCGCCUAUGACAGACAAUCUACACUCCCCCUUCCACCGAAUCGGAAGGGCUCAGUAUGGUUCCAUCUCACUUCCAAUGAUCUUGUCUUAUCACCCAGUCCUUUCUUCCAUCUUAUGGGACUGGUGACGUUUAUGAGUGCGAUAUUUCAUGACCGUCGGUUUGCUUAUGCACCUGAUAAGCCCAUAUCCACUGGCCUUAUCCUAGAUACCAUCGAGGCUACACACUCCGCAGCGGCUCUCCUCCCGCCGUCUCUAUUGGAAGAAGCAAGCCAUGAUCCUCACGCACUUCGGAUCUUAUCCCAGCUGAAAGAAAUCUAUUUCGGCGGAGCUCCUCUAGCCCCAGAAGCCGGAGACAAGAUAUCAAAAAUCACCAACCUUCGCACCGCCCUCGGUACCAGUGAGAUCGGUCUUAUAUCGAACAUAGUUCCGCUCCAUAGAGAGGAUUGGGGGUACUUUGAAUGGAACCCAUCUUACGGUGUCGAAAUGGAACCCGUUGGUGACGGUGAAAAUCUAUAUGAACUGGUCAUUCCACGAAAGGAGAACUACGAGUACCAAGGUAUCUUUUAUACUUUUCCCGACAUACAGCGGUAUCAUACGAAGGACUUGUUUGUUCCGCAUCCGACAAGACCGAAUUUAUGGAAGUUCCACGGACGUCUGGACGAUGUGAUUGUUCUUAGCAAUGGCGAAAAGUUCAAUCCUGUGGAAAUGGAGAAGAUCAUUGAAGGACAUCCUCUGGUGUUGCGGGCUUUGGUUGUUGGUACAAAAAGGUUUCAUUCGGCUCUUCUAAUAGAGCCGAACUGGAACUUGUGGGCUGGCGAUGAGUCGAAUCCAAACGACGUUGCUGAUCUGAUCAAUCAAAUAUGGCCAACAGUCGAAGAGGCGAACCACGUCGGUCCUGCUCAUGCGAGAAUUCAACAAACCUAUAUCGGAAUCGCCUCCAAGGAUAAACCGUUCAAGACAACGCCGAAGGGAACAACGCAGCGGCGAUUGGUCAACAAUGACUACGAACCAGAGAUCAACACGAUAUAUGAGAGAACUGGGAACGAGGAUCACGGCGGGCUCCCCGAUGCUCUGGACGAGGCCGGAAUAAGGGAGUACAUCAGAGGGCUGGUUUCAAAGACAUUGGAAAAACCAGUCUCAGAUGAGGAGGACUUCUAUAGCGCAGGCCUUGACUCUCUGCAGACGAUCCAGAUAGCUCGAAUUAUCCGAGCGGCACUGCAGUUCCGUUUUCCGGAGAAGCAGUAUGGGUUUAUUACCCCCCAGAAAGUCUACACGAAUCCCACGGUGGAACAGCUCUCUCGGCUUGUACACAGCGCUGUGAACGAUAAAGCCGACGAUGCGCAUGACGAGACCGUCAGAUCAGAGAAAAUCAGCACUCUAGUGAAGAAGUACACCGCAGAUCUUCCAAAACAGACACUGGAUGUUACUUCUAUUUCUGGUAAACACUCCGUUAUUUUAACAGGAUCGACGGGAUCUCUUGGCAGUUAUCUCCUUCACUCGCUCGUCAACGAUAGCAGCGUUGUCAAAGUCUACUGUCUAAACAGAUCGGAUGCGAAAUCUCGACAGGAGCAAAGUUUUCGCGACAAGGGUCUCAAGCUUGACCUUUCGAAAAUAGAGUUCCUGACGGUAUCCUUGGGCGAAGAGAGCUUUGGCCUAGAAAACGGAAAAUAUGAAGAGAUGCUGGGAUCCGUCGACACAAUAAUCCACAACGCGUGGAUGGUGAAUUUCAACCACUCUGUAGAUUCGUUCGAGAAUACUCACAUUCGAGGCGUAUAUCACUUGAUAGGGUUUUGCUUGAAGAGCAAACACCAUGCCCACAUUCAUUUUAUUUCUUCUGUGGGGACAAUUGGCAAUUGGCAGCCUCGUCAUGGGCCAACAGUUCCAGAAGAACCCAUAGAAGACAGCACGGUUGUUCUUCCACAGGGCUAUGGUGAGUCCAAGCAUGUUGGCGAACGCAUCUGCUACGAGGCUUCUUCUCGCGCUGGGGUUCCAACCACCAUCCAUCGCGUGGGACAAAUUGCAGGACCAACUUCUAAAGACGGUCAAUGGAACCGUCAAGAAUGGCUGCCUACGUUGAUCGCUACGUCGAAAACUCUUGGGAAACUCCCUCGCAAUCUGGGUAAUAUGCCCAUUGACUGGAUCCCAGUGGAUACACUCGCCCAGAUCACUCUGGAGCUAGUGGCAACGCGCCGCAACACGCAGGCAGACCACCGUUGCGCAGUAUUCCACCUCGUUAAUCCUUCCGCUGCAAGCUGGACCUCUCUUAUCGCCCCGGUCCAAAAACACUACGCAGUGGAAGCCGUUGACCCUUCUGAAUGGAUAAAUGACCUCGAAAAGAUUGAGCAUCCUUCAGACGACGACGUCGCCAGAUUACCGGCCCUUAAGCUGCUGGAUUUCUACCGCAGUUUGUUCCACAACCAGGCCAUGUCAGCCCCGAUGGACGUCAGGAAGACUAUCGAAGCUAGUGCCACGAUGAAAUCGUUGGGACCUAUUGGGCCUCAGCUGAUGGAUAACUGGUUGAAGCAGUGGGCGUUUUGAAAUAAGUCGGCGCCAGGGUGCAGCACACACAGGGAACCUAAAUCAGCCCUAGGACUAUACAGUACGCUGCUGGAACGACUAAAGACAUGGUUCUAGAGGGCAUACAGCGUUCUAGAGCAAUCGUGGCUUUUUCCAUCCGGGUUUUGGUCCGAAUUUUUGUCCGGA